CGUAGGCAUUGGAUGAAAAUGGUCAUCACCUAGUCUUAUAUCUGGCAAUGUAUUUGGUCCAGUGUCACUAACUUUACAAGGAAACACAUGGUACAAAAAGAUGGAACAGAAAAAUGGCAGCUCUUUCACUGGGUUUAUCCUGCUGGGUUUCUCUGACCGGCCUCAACUGGAGAGAGUCCUCUUUGUGGUUCUUCUGAUCUUCUAUCUACUCACCCUGCUGGGAAACACAACCAUCAUUGCACUGUCCCGCCUGGACCCACACCUUCACACUCCCAUGUACUUUUUCCUCUCCAACCUGAGCUUUCUGGACCUGUGUUACACGACCAGCACUGUCCCUCAGCUCCUGGUCCAUCUCAGGGGGGCAGACAAGUCCAUCUCCUUUGGUGGCUGUGUAACUCAGCUGUUCUUCUCUCUAGGGUUGGGAUGCACAGAAUGCAUCCUCCUAGGGGUGAUGGCAUUUGACCGCUAUGCAGCCAUCUUCAGGCCCCUGCACUACAUGGUGAUCAUGCACCCUCGUCUCUGUGCCCUGAUGACUUCUGCAUCAUGGUUCAUUGCUUUUACCAACUCCUCAUUGCAGACGGUGCUCAUCUUUCUUGUACCACUUUGUGGGAGAAAUAAAAUAGAUCACUUCUACUGUGAGGUCCCCCCACUGCUCAAGCUUGCCUGUGUUGACACCACUGGGAAUGACUCUGAGAUCUUCUUUGUUGAUGUGAUCAUUCUCCUGAUUCCUGUGGCAUUAAUCACGUUUUCCUACAGUCAGAUUGUCAGGGAAGUGUUGAGAAUAAAGUCAGCUGCAGGGCAGAGGAAAGCAUUUGGAACAUGUGGGUCCCACCUCACAGUGGUCUCCCUGUUUUACGGCACGGCCAUCUAUGCUUACCUGCAGCCCAGCAACAGCCACUCCCAGGAUCAGGACAAGUUAGUUUCUCUCUUCUACACCAUCAUCAUCCCCAUGGCCAACCCCUUCAUCUAUACCCUGUGGAACAAGGAUGUGAUGGGAGCAAUAAAGAAAGUUUUCUGUCGCGGCUAUGACUCCAGAUGACUAGGGGUAAGACCCUGUGAUGGAAGACUUUGAAUGUGGGAGCUUUUAAGAUUUUGUGUCCUGCACAUGUCAUCCAACAUUUCCCCAGACCACUCUCAAGGGAAUAUGCUUAUCUCAUUCUUUUAUUCAAGUGAAUGUUCAAACUCUGAAUUCAUGGAUUCAUUACAGCCUCCAGAGAUGCUGACUUAAUGGCCUCACGACAUCUGCAUCAUAUUAUUAUUUCAAAAAGCUCCACAGAUUUUUCUUAUUUCAACCCCUUUUGGGAAUACUAUUCUUUUUCUAAUUGCCAAAAUACAUCUACACACAUACAAUAAAACCACAGCAACAUGAGAAUAUAAACAUCUCUUACAGUGUCAGAAAUAUUAAUAUAUUAAAUUUGUUUUAUUAUGUA